UAAACAGGGCCUCCAAAAUGUGCUGAGCCAUCAGGGCACAACAUAUAUAUCCUCUUUAAAUUUUCUCUUACUGGUCUUCCACCUCUUCUUCUAAGUUUGCGAAACCCUCUUCUUCUUCAUAGGGCGAGAAGAACACACUAAACCGCAACAAUGUCAGAAAAAAAGAUGACCUCCAGCCGUAGGCAUCAUCUGAAGAGCCUGGUGCUUUCUAUUGCCUUCAAUCUGCUGGAAGCUGAAACCAAGCAGGUUGAGGAAGAUAAGGCAGCUUACAUGAGCGAGCACUGCCCUUCUCUGGAUCUGCCUGGAUCCGCACAAGAACUGCAGGAACUGUGCAAGAAAUUGCACCAUCAAAUCGACAAGGUUGAUGAGGAGAGAUAUGACAUGGAGGCAAAGGUUGCCAAGGCAAACAAAGAGAUUGAGGAUCUGAAGAUCAAGGUGGUCGACCUGAAGGGCAAGUUCAAGAAACCCGUGUUGAAGAAAGUACGUAUGUCCGCUGACCAGAUGCUCCAGGCUCUUCUGGGAUCCAAGCACAAGGUCUCACUGGAUCUGAGAGCCAACCUGAAACAAGUCAAGAAGGAGGUCAAAGAAGAGAGCGUGGAACAAGUUGGUGACUGGCGUAAGAACAUUGAAGAUAAGGCCGGUAUGGGCGGCAGGAAGAAGAUGUUUGAGUCCGAGGCUUAAGAUGUGUCAUGUAUAUUCUCCAAUGUCUUAAUCUUUCUGUCCCGUGAACCUGAAUAAAAGUUUCCCUGGAAUUUUUGCACAUUUUA